GGGCGCGCCGGGAGCGCGGCUGGAGGGGCUUUGGCUGCGCGCUCCUGUAGUCUCCGUCUGCGAAGUGUGUUGAGACGCCCAGCGGUCAUGGCUGUGCUGGCGGCCCUUCUAAACCGUGGCGCCUGCGGGCGCGGUCCCCUGCUCCAGAGGCUGCUGCAGGAAAUAAGACACGUGGAGCGAAGUUACGUAUCAAAACCCACUUUGAAUGAAGUGGUCAUAGUAAGUGCUGCAAGAACACCCAUUGGAUCCUUUCUGGGCAGUCUUUCCUCCCUGCCGGCCACGAGGCUUGGGUCCAUUGCAAUUCAGGGAGCCAUCGAAAAGGCCGGGAUUCCCAAAGAAGAAGUGAAGGAAGCGUACAUGGGAAACGUUCUGCAAGGGGGUGAAGGCCAGGCCCCAGCAAGGCAAGCAGCCCUGGGCGCAGGCUUAGCUGUUUCUACUCCGUGCACCACUGUGAACAAAGUUUGUGCCUCAGGCAUGAAAGCCAUCAUGAUGGCCUCUCAGAACCUUAUGUGUGGACAUCAGGAUGUGAUGGUGGCAGGUGGGAUGGAGAGCAUGUCCAACGUUCCCUAUGUCAUGAACAGAGGAGAAAUACCGUAUGGUGGCGUCAAACUUGAAGAUUUGAUUGUGAAAGAUGGGCUAACUGAUGUCUACAAUAAAAUCCAUAUGGGGAACUGUGCUGAGAAUACCGCGAAGAAGAUGAACAUUGCACGAGAGGAACAGGACACGUACGCGAUUAACUCGUACACCAGGAGUAGAGCAGCGUGGGAAGCAGGAAAAUUUGGAAAUGAGGUUAUCCCUGUCACAAUUACAGUAAAAGGUAAACCCGAUGUACUGGUAAAAGAAGAUGAAGAAUAUAAACGUGUCGACUUUAGCAAAGUUCCAAAGCUGAAGACAGUUUUCCAGAAAGAAAAUGGCACCAUCACAGCUGCCAACGCGAGCACGCUCAACGACGGCGCGGCUGCUGUGGUUCUGAUGACUACAGACGCGGCCCGGAGGCUCAGCGUGAAGCCGCUGGCCAGGGUAGCAGCAUUUGCUGAUGCAGCUGUCGAACCUAUUGAUUUUCCAGUCGCACCUGUGUACGCUGUACUUAAGGUUCUUAAAGAUGCAGGACUGAAAAAAGAGGAUAUUACCCUGUGGGAAGUGAACGAAGCCUUCAGUCUGGUUGUGCUAGCAAACAUUAAAACGCUGGACCUCGAUCCCCAGAAAGUGAACAUCGAUGGAGGAGCUGUUUCUCUGGGGCAUCCGAUUGGGAUGUCUGGAGCCAGGAUUGUCAUUCAUUUGGUUCAUGCCCUGAAGCAAGGAGAAUACGGUCUCGCCAGCAUUUGCAAUGGAGGAGGCGGAGCUUCUGCCCUGCUGAUCCAGAAGCUGUAGACAACUGGUGUUGUCUGCGGCCAUAGUCCUACGUGGCUAGAAAGGUCUGCUGUGGUCCCUCGGUCAGGUUAUAUACUCAAUCAUUUUUACAAUAAGAUAAUAAGAUCAACUCUCAAACCGUUUGAAAUUAUAAAUAAAUGUUUUCUUCUGCUUUAA